GAGCCUUUGAACUUCCUCUUUGAACGGAACCUGCUUCCAAGAUGGUGAGUGCUGAAUUGGGCUACAAAAUUAUUCUAAUUAUCUGCGUUCAUCGUCGCUUUUAGGGUCAUUCUGUACACUGGACAACGAUGUCUCUGGUCAUUCCUGAGAAGUUCCAGCACAUUCUUCGUGUUCUCAACACGAACAUUGAUGGUAGGAGGAAGAUUGCCUUCGCCAUCACAGCAAUCAAGGGUGUUGGCAGACGAUAUGCCCAUGUUGUCCUGAGGAAGGCUGAUAUCGACCUCAGCAAGCGGGCUGGAGAACUGACCGAUGAUGAGGUCGAGAGGGUAGUGACAAUUAUGCAGAAUCCUCGCCAGUACAAAAUCCCUGACUGGUUCCUCAACAGACAGAAGGAUGUAAAGGAUGGCAAAUACAGUCAGGUCCUUGCUAACGGUCUGGAUAACAAGCUGAGAGAGGAUCUUGAAAGGCUGAAGAAGAUCAGGGCUCACCGUGGUCUCAGGCAUUUCUGGGGUCUGCGUGUGCGUGGCCAGCACACUAAGACCACCGGUCGUCGUGGUCGCACCGUUGGUGUGUCCAAGAAGAAGUAAACUGUCUCCCUGCUCCCCAUGUUUCAAUAAAUGCCACAGUUCACACA